AUGUCAUCAAAAUUACCAAAUCGUCCAAAUCUCGCAUUAGCUGGUAAACGAGAAGCGUCUGCCCCCAAGCCAAAUAGUUCAGCGAAACGUGGAGGAACUGUAGGUCGAGGUAGGGGACGAGGACGUGGCGGAGCUCAAGAUUCUAGAGGCCCUGCAAAAAGACAAGAAUUAAUUCAAACUGGCGGAGUUUUCUCCGAAGGUCUUGGAGGCGAUUUUCCAUCGAGGCGAAAAGAAAGAGAUGCCGAUACACAACAAUUUUCUUAUAAAAAAAGCGGAAUAGCGCAACCGAAAAACGAUUUAUCGAAAUCGAACCUAAGCAAAGAAGAAAGGGAAGAAAUUUCAAAGAAAUUGACAGACGGCAAGACGUCGUUUAAAGGAUGGGAGGAGAUUUGGGAAAGUGAUGAAGAUCUCGAUGAUCAACAAUUGAAUUCCUUACGACCAAAAGGGAUUCUUUCAAGUUACAAAAAGGGAAAAUUUAUGCCAUUUGUUCUUCCGCAAGAGGAUAAACCCCAAUUUAGGAGUGUUAUUGACUCCAAUACUCCGAAUUAUGAUGAUUCUGAUGAAGAAUUGAAAGAUGUGAAUCCUGAUUUGAAAGGCGGAAUACGAAAAAAGAAGCCAACAGCUUCAGAAAUGAUUUCCAUUCUUGAAGGAUCGGCUGACAAUCUUAUCCAUCUUCAACUGCCUUCCGUUAUUGGCUCUUUGUGUCAUUUUAUGAAAAAUCAGAAGAUUGAAGAGAAUAAUGGGCAGAAUGCAAUGGAAGUUGAUGAUGAACCGAACAGAGACCUCGCCUCGUGCUCAGAUCAGAUUCUGCAGCCUGGACAGAAAAUUGGAAAACUUCAAGUCACCAAAAAGGGCAAUGUUCUUCUCAAGAUUGGCGGUCAUACAAUCAAUAUAACUUCCCGGACAACUUCCGGACGGCAGCAAGGAACUGUUCUCCUUGAAACUGAAACCUUCGAGCAGAAUACCGAUCAAUUUGGCAUAUUUUUUUUCAAGAAUCCAAUAAGGAGUGGCUCGAAUGCCUUGUAUUAUAUGGGAAACGUGAAACACAAUUUGGUUGGCUCGAUGAGUUGGUCUCAACUCAAUGAGCAUCGAAAACAGUUGGAUGAAAUUGAAGAGAAGAAGGAGAAGAGUGUGAAAGAUGUGAAGCGUCCGAAUGAAUUAUUGGAAUUAGAAGCUGCGCAGAAGAGCUGGAUGCAGAUUGCUGAUAAAUGGGCGUCUGGGCGGACUUGA